AUGGCGGCGUCGUUGUCCAUGGUGGCGUGGCCGCUGACGGUCGUGUCCCUGCUUGUAGCGUCGGCGGCGAUAAUGAACGGCGGCGGCGGCGGCGGCGGUGCGCAGGCGCAGCCGAUUGUGCCGGCGGUCAUCUCGUUCGGCGACUCCACCAUCGACGUCGGCAACAACAACUACCUGCCCGGCGCGGUGUUCAAGGCCGACUACGCGCCGUACGGGCAGGACUUCGUGCGCCACGAGGCCACCGGCCGCUUCUCCGACGGCAAGAUCGUCACCGACAUCACCGCUGAAACACUCGGCUUCCAGAGCUACGCGCCGCCGUACCUCAGCCCGCAGGUGUCGGGGAAGAACCUGCUCAUCGGCGCCAACUUCGCCUCCGCGGCGUCCAGCUACUACGACGACACGGCGGCCAUGUAUGACGCGAUCACGCUGACCCAGCAGCUCAAGUACUACAAGGAGUACCAGUCGAAGCUGGCCGCGGUGGCCGGGCACGCCAAGGCUCGCGCCAUCCUCGCCGACGCGCUCUACGUCGUCAGCACGGGCACCGGCGACUUCCUCCAGAACUACUACCACAACGCCUCCCUGUCCCGCCGCUACAACGUCGACCAGUACUGCGACCUCCUCGUCGGCAUCUUCUCCGGCUUCGCCGACGAGCUGUACAGGCUGGGAGCGCGGCGGAUCGGCGUCACGUCCAUGCCGCCGCUGGGCUGCCUGCCAGCGUCCAUCAGGCUGUACGGCGAGGGCCGGGAUGCGUGUGUGCCGAGGCUCAACCGCGACGCCGAGACCUUCAACGAGAAGCUGAACGCCACCGUCAAGGCGCUCAGGCGGCGGCACGCGGACCUCAAGCUCGCCAUCUUCGACAUCUACACGCCCCUCCGCGAACUCGCCCAAGACCCGGCGGCUUAUGGCUUCGCGAACGCGAGGGGUACGUGCUGCCGGACGGGGACGGCCAAGACGAGGGUGUACCUCUGCAAUCCGACGACGGCCGGAGCAUGCCGGAACGCCAGCAGCUACGUGUUCUUCGACGCCGUCCACCCGUCGGAGGCUGCCAACGUCUUCAUGGCGGAGUCCAUGAUCGAGGCGGGCAUCGAGCUGGUUACCUAG